CAGCAGUGAACCAUCAGAGCCUCAUCAUGAAAGUCCGUCACACUCUGAUCUGCUUCUUCUUCCUUUAAACAGGAGCAGGCCCACCUCCUCUUAGUGGAGCUGCUGCACUACAGCACCAGAAAUCUGUCCUGAGAAGCCACAGCAUGCAUGACAACAUAACAAGUCAUCACUGAGAAUGACCUGCAACAACAAAAAAAUUAUAUUUGAUUAUGAGUAAAAUAAAAAGCGAUUUAUUGGAAAGGAGUGCCAUUACUGACACUAAAGUCUCAGUGUGACUCUGUGUCUGUGUGUAAAUGUUAAAAUGCAGCUUAGUACAAAUAAUCAGUAUUAAUGGUUCAUGUUUCCAGCAGCUCUGCAGGACGGACACACAAAGGUCACCAGUGCACAGAUGCAUUUUUAUAGACUCGCUGGACAAAGCAUCACGAUUGAGUGCUACUUUUCUUCUUCUAAGAAGUGGAAGAUCUUCUGCAAAGAAAAAUGUGAAGAAGGAAAUAUUUUAAUUGAAACGCAGCUCAACAGUAAUCAACAUGGCAGAUACAGCACUGAAUAUAGAUAUGAACAUAAAUAUAUUUUGUCUGUAAGCAUCAGAAGGCUCAUCAAGUCUGACUCUGGACGGUACACCUGUGGUCUGGGACGAUAUCCAUCUUCAUACCAGUUCAUACAUUUUGGAAUUGUUGUUGCUGAAGCACUGCUGGAUGGAAACGAUCCUGCUCAGCUGAAACACUUCGAUAAAGAAACUGGAAGCUCUCUCACAGUCGCAUGUUCCUUUAAACACUCUGCAAGGAGGAAGUACUUCUGCAGGGGAGAAUGUGAAAGAGAUGGGAUUUUAAUCGAGACUCAGGGGGCCACAGCUCAGAGAGACAGAUACAGUGCUGAAUAUGAAGAAGAAUCUGGUUCAAGUGGUAUUCUGUAUGUGACCAUUAAACAGCUGAGGGAGUCUGACUCAGGACGGUACAGAUGUUACCUGGACACAUCCUUUAGUACUGAUCCAUACAGAGAGUUUGAGAUUACUGUCACAGAAGCAGUCCUCCCAUCAGCCUCCACACCUCCAUCAACUUUCACUGGAACCACUGAGCAGUCUGAGAGGACAGCAUCUACAGUCCUCCCAUCAGCCUCUGCGCCUCCAUCAACUUUCACUGGAACCACUGAGCAGUCUGAGAGGACAGCAUCUACAGAUGUGGUGCCGUUUGUGGGUCUGACUCUGGCUCUCAUCAUCAUCCUGUUAUCAGUGUCGGUGCUGAUAUUCUGCAAGAACAGAUCCUCUAAACCAAAGGAUCCUCCUGUGGGAACUGAACACGCUGCUGUCACAGAGACCAACACAGUGUAUGAGAAUAUCCGAGCAGAGGGCAGACACAGCAGAUCUCCUCCUGACUCUCAUGCCAAAUACACCAAACCAACCAAUGAUGACCACAGCUUGGUCACUGCAACCACUUCUCAGCACAAAACUGGAGACGACUCGAGCAAACUCACCUACUCCGUGGUGACUUUUUCCAAGAAGAGCAGUGACUCUGCCAACAGCACGUCCCGCAGUAACACCAGUGACGUUAUCUACUCCGAGCCUCGGGUUAACGCGAGCCACUCCGGAGGUGAUCCGUUGUACUCUACUAUAGCCUAGCUUUAGCUCCUGGGACAGGACAGGUAAUGUUUGUCAUGCUGUUGCACACACAGCACGCUCCUUUGUUUCAGUUCGUCAGUUGCCACAAGACACCUGACCAUCAUGUGCAUCAUAACCUAAGACUGCUCGGUGCUAUAGAGUACAUGCUGUACAUCAUACUUCAUCGUUUUGCUGCAUCAGUCUGCCGCUCUGAGUUAAUUUGUGUUUAAGGGUUAGGGUUAUGAUAACAUGCAUGAACUGUAUCUUCUUCGACCUCGUGUCUCUAUUGUUGUUUAAGACGUGUUUUUGGGGUUUAAAUGAUUAAACAAUUUCUAAACAAUGAUAUCUUUUGUAGUUUGGAGGCUAAACAGGCCAAAUACACUGAAUAUGUUUUCAGUGGUAGUCAAGCAUCACUUCAGUGAGUAUGUAACAGAAAGAGGAAGCAGCUGCUGGUUCUCUAAAUCUAUUUGACACAACAUUCAGUGAAGUGAUUAAAAAGAGGAAGUAAGAGCUAGUUACUGUAAACAAGCAGCCACACAUGGGUGGACCUCCUUUACUUCAAGAAGGACUCAGGUUUUCUGUCUUUGUGAGGUUGUUUUAACCUUUUCAUUUGUAUCAUGAGUAACCUUUGCAGCAUUUUUAUUUGCAUUUGGUCACACUCCAUUUUUAUUUAUCCACUGUCUGCCUGAUGAUGCUUGUUUGAGUUGUUUCUGCUCUAAUCUGAGUCCCUUAAGAAUAUUUUCAAAAACAAAACAUGAAGAAGAAACUGCACAGGUGCAGAAGUUCACGUUGCAAUACGAGGAAGUCAAAAUCGUAUGCAGGUUUAUGUUUUUACAGCACUUUGAAUAGAAUAGAAUAGAAUAGAAUAGAAUAGAAUAAUCCUUUAAUUGUCCCACAAGGGGAA